UGUGCACCAGAGGAUCCACACUGGGGAGAAGCCCUACGAGUGUGGGGAGUGUGGGAAGAGCUUCAGACGGAGCUGCAAUCUGAUUGAGCACCAGAGGAUCCACACUGGAGAGAAGCCCUAUGAAUGUGGAGAGUGUGGGAAGAUCUUCAGCGUGAGCUCUAACCUCAUCAGGCACCAGAGAACCCACACUGGGGAGAGGCCCUAUGAGUGUUCCAAGUGUGGGAAGAGGUUUACGACCAGCUCUGAUCUCCUCCUGCACUAUCGGAUUCACAGGGAUGAGAGGCCCUUCCAAUGCCCCGACUGCGGGAAAGGAUUCAGGCACAACUCAGCCCUCAUCACCCACCGGCGCAUCCACACUGGGGAGAGGCCCUACGAGUGUGAUAAAUGCAGGAAGAGGUUUCCAACCAGCUCCAAUCUCCUCCAGCACUAUCGGAUUCACACAGAGGAGAGGCCCUUUCGCUGCCCCAACUGCGGGAAGGGAUUCAAGUACAACUCCACCCUCAUCAAGCACCAGCGCAUCCACACUGGGGAGAGGCCCUACGAGUGUCCCCAGUGUGGGAAAAGCUUCUCCAGCAGCUCUGGCUUGACCCGACACCAACAGAGGCACCACUAAGGGAAGCCCUGCGAGUGCCCCGAGUGCAGGCAGAGCUUCGUGCGCUGCUCCAGCUCCAUCCCCCACUGGAGGAGGCACUUUGGGCACAGCCCUGGUCUCUCACAUUCCCUGUGAUCCAUGUUGGGAACACACCUGGCUGCUUCACCUUUUGGUUUGGCCUUAUUUUUCCUCUGCUAUACCUUCGUCCUUAUAAACACCCAAAACUGGGUUAAAUGAAGGAAAUUGAUUGAAUAUAUCUGCAGUUUCAUAAUUUCUCUGUUGUUUCAGGGGGAAUUUAAUAUUUGGGGACACGUUCUGUAUGGAGUGCUGCUGGUGCUAAGAGGAAGCAAUUUGAUCUCACCCUUCUUGUGGUGUUAAGAUCUCCUCCCCUGACCCAAACCCCAACUCCACCCUUUGGAUACCCUAUAAAAACUCCACGGCCCUUCCUUUGCCCUGUCUUUGGAAGAUAAGAAAUGGAUUCCGAAAGGAUCAGCCGUUUUCCAACUGGAUUCCCAGAGGAUCAGCCCUUUCCCACUGGAUUCCAAGAGGAUCAGCCUUUUUCACUGAAUUCCCAGAGGAUUCUGACUCUGUCACUGUUUCUUUUUGUUUGUAUAACUGCAUUUGUAUUUUUAAUUUUUGCUUAUAAAGUACUGUUUAUUCUUCUCUCA